UCAUGUCUGUUUCUUCACGACACCCAGGUCAGUUAAGAUUGCGAAUGUUGCAAAUACUUGCAUGGGCUUGAUUUAUAUUAUGCCGUGCCAGAAAAUAAUCGUAAAGUCCAGCUGGGAGACAAAUCCAAAGCAUUUUAAAUAUCUAAAAUUCAGAAGUAUGUGGUAUCUGUCAUUUGUCUUCCACACCCCUGCAGGUUUUAUAGGAAGAUAUAAAAAUGUCGAGAGUCAAAGAGAGUGUGGUUUGCAGCUGCUGUGUUUCCUGAAAGAUGCAUAGAAAGAAACAGGAAAUAAUAACAAAGAGUGGAGAGGGGGGCAGCGCAGAGGUUGAGCAAAUUACCACAGAUCAAGAAGUUACAGGUUUGAACUUCUCCCUGUCCUGUGCAUAGCUUUGUAUAAAAUCAUCCUCCCAACCACCAACUAUAAGAAGACAUCAAACCACAUCUUGAUUCUCAACCAUGAUGCUGGAAUGAUUGCUUAUUACUUAACAUGAUGCAUGGUGGAGGUUACGCCUCGAGAUGUAAGAACCAUGAUCAAAUCCACAGACCUGAGGGGGAUGACCACACGCAGGAAACGGUCCACGGCGAUGGCCAGCAGCGACAGGGUGGAGGCCUGGGUCAACAGGAGGACCACACAGCUGAUGAGGAGGCAGCCCUGGAAGGAGGUCCAAACGUGGCCGUCCACCAUCACUGCCAGAGGGAUCGCCACCACGCCGACCAGGAGGUCCGCUACCGCCAGAGACACCAAGAAGCAGAAGGAAUGGUUCAGUGGUCGAGGGUUUUGUCUACAGAUCCAGAGGUUGCAGCUUCGUGAGCAUGUGGACCUGAUGUACAUCUCCAUGGAGACGGCCAUCGCCCUGGCUUCGGUUGUUGGGAACGUCCUGGUGGUCCUGGUGGUGUGUGUGAACCGGGCCCUGCGUGACACCACCUUCUGCUUCAUCGUGUCUCUGGCUGUGGCUGACAUCGCCGUGGGAGCCCUGGUCAUCCCGCUGGCCGUGGUGGUCAGCCUGGGGCUCAGGACCCAGUUCUACACCUGCCUCUUCCUCUCUUGCCUCAUCCUCAUCAUCACACAGAGCUCCAUCCUGUCCCUGCUGGCCAUCGCCAUCGACCGCUUCCUCAGGGUCAAGAUUCCCACCAGGUACAGCAUCAUCGUGACACAGACGAGGGCCUGGGUGGCGGUGUGUCUGUGCUGGCUGCUCUCUGCCCUCACCGGCCUGGUGCCCAUGCUGGGCUGGCACAACCAGGAGCCCCUGGGUAACCUUAGCGCCAGCGGCCACAUCGUCUGCCAGUUCACCAACGUCAUGCGCAUGGACUACAUGGUGUAUUUCAACUUCUUCGGCUGGGUGGUGGUUCCGCUGAGUGUCAUGAUCGGCCUCUACGCCGAGAUCUUCAGGGCCAUCCGUCGCCAGCUAAACCUUCGAGCCGAAGCCACCUGCGACACCAGCAAGUACUACCGCAAGGAGCUGAAACUGGCCAAGUCCCUGGCGCUGGUGGUCGCUCUUUUCGCCGUCUGCUGGCUCCCGCUGCACGUCAUGAACUGCGUCACGUUCUUCUGCCCCGAGUGCAACAUGCCCAAGAUGGCCGUGUACGUUGGGAUCUUCAUGUCGCACGUCAACUCCGCCCUCAACCCGCUGGUCUACGCUUUCAGGAUCCAACGGUUCCGAGCCACGCUGAUCCAGAUUGCGCGCCGCUGCAUGCUGUGCAAGACCGCCGAGGCCACGCCCUGCCCGACCAAUCCGCCGGCACUCAUGGAGAAAUCAGCCGCCAACUUAUAGGGAAGACUUCCGUAGCUCGGUGGUUAGAGCAUUUGACUGCAGGUCAAGAAGUUGCAGGUUCAAAUUCCCCCCCUGUACGUCGCUUUGGAUAAAAGUGUCUGCUAAACGAAUACAUUAUUUUUUAUCUCCGUGUGCCCCUUUCCAGUGAGCUGAUUCAUCGCUCCCCAGAGGAAUGAUGGGACUCUGGGGAUUGUGUGGCGUUCUUGCACAUCAAUAUUCUGACACACGGGACAUCGUGACCAGUAUAUUAAGAUCUGACGUUUCAUCUGUGAACGACAAUGGACUGCUCUGACUUCAUUUAAUGAGUUCAUCUGCGUCUCAUUCAGACAUUCGACCGGGCUGGGAAGCAGCGCAUCUGUAGCUCGUACAAAUAUACCACAACAGAGCCAACACAUGUGGACAAACGUUCAUAUUUAUUGUGCUGAGUAAUAAUUCACAUUGAAUCAUGCUAUUUCCCUUCCGAUGGCAGACUUCAUUACACCCAAACACGCAAGCAAUUAUACAUCAGUCAAACAUGAAUGCCUUCUUCAAGUGGGAUGUGUUUGGGAAAAAAAAUCAAUUCAGUUCAAUUGUUCCUUAGAUUAUUGUGCUUAAACAUCCAUUUGAAACAUGUUGGCUGCGAUGUACAAAGGAAAAUAUACUUGUUCCUCUUUAUACAGCUGCUGUGGUUUAUAUUUUUGAAAAGGUGAUGGUUUAGGAUUU